GAACAUGUUUGGAGUUUUGAUCACACGAUGCCUCUUGAUGGUUUUUGGGUAUGCCUAUCCGGCAUUUGAAUGUUACAAAACACUGGAGAAGAGCAGCCGAAGCCUCGACGUUGAAUCGCUUCGUUUUUGGUGCAAAUAUUGGAUUAUUGUGGCUAUUUUUACAUUUUUUGAGAGGAUUGCUGAUGUUUUAAUUGCUUGGCUUCCUGUGUAUGGAGAAAUGAAGCUGCUUUUUCUUGUCUACUUGUGGCAUCCAAAAACCAAGGGGAGUGGGCAUGUGUAUGGAACGAUGUUGCAGCCCUAUUUGGCGAAGAAUGAAGCAGAAAUAGAGAGAAUGACAGUGGAAAUGAAAGUGAGGGCUUGGGACUUGAGUUACCUUUUUUGGACAAACUUCUCAGAAAUGGCUCAUGCUGGCUUCCUCAAAGUCCUCAAAUGUGCUGCUGAUUUCCAGUCCGCUAAGUUCAAGAACUCCCCCUUCAUAAUUCAGAGAGUCGAUCAGAACUCGCCGAUGGCGUCGCCAACGCCUCCGAACAAAUUGCCCUCGUUUUCGUCCCGAGUCGCCGAUAAGAUGACCGAUUCACCGAGAGGCGCGCCGCAGUCACCCGUCGGAAUAGUCCGAGGCGAUUCGGACAUGACGGAAGCAGACGGCGGCCAGUCUCCGGACUUCUGUGAAACAGAGAGUUUCGUUAAUGAGGAAGAUAAACCUUCAUCUCCAUAUCCCCCAGCGGUUCGAGCUCGCUUAAGGCGAAUUAAACCACAAUCAUAGAUGUUUGUAAAUGUGA